ACGACGCCGUCGUGCCGCGGUGCGGAACGCAGCCAAGCGAAGGGAACGACGCGGAGGAUUCCGAUCGUCGGAGCCAGGAAGACGCCGUCGCCGUGCCGAUCUCGCUGAUGAUGCGCGACACCGGACGUCGCGCCGACGUCCCCUAGGAGUCGCGGUCGCCGAGGAAAGGGAAACGUGAGACGGACAGUACGGUAACUCAGGACGAGUCGUCGCGCGCGAGCGUGAAGAUGUGAUCGCCCCAAACGGCCCGCUGCCGCCUUCCCGUCUCAUCGACGACGCGACGCUCGACACUCGGAGGUCUCGGGGUGGCGCACCGGGUAGACCCUGUCGCCGUUCGCGACGCCGACCACGUCCCCCCGCUCGCCGCAAGCAUGAACGGCCAGGUGCAGUCGUCGCGGGAGAGGUUAGGUGGUUUCGGUCCCAUGAAUCUUGGAAUAUUUUCCGGGAUGAUCGCCACGGACCGUGUCCCUACCAUUCAGUCAUUCAACUCGGACGCCGAGUUAGACGACAGCAUGGCCGCGACGGAGGUCGACAGCAAAGUCAAGACGAAAUUGCUCUCUAUGUGGAACAACGUUAAAUACGGCUGGACCGUGAAGAUGAAGACGAACUUCUCCAAGGAAUCUCCCGUGUGGCUGCUGGGCCAGUGUUAUCUGAAGAAGUCGGAGUAUCCAUUGGAGAGGGCGUCGGAGGCGCUGGAGCCAGUUGGAACGGGGAGUCAGGUCUCCCUGGCGAUGGAUGCCACGAAUUUCGAGAAUACCAUAGAGGAAUUCAAGAGGGAUUUCGUGUCGCGUCUCUGGUUAACAUACAGACGAGAAUUCCCGAUCCUGAAUGGCUCCACCUUUACCACGGACUGCGGUUGGGGCUGCAUGCUGCGCAGCGGGCAGAUGAUGCUGGCGCAGGCAUUAGUCUGCCAUUUCCUCGGACGCGAGUGGAGAUGGCGGCCGGAACAGUCGACUGACGAAAGCAGUCAUCGGAUGAUCAUCAAAUGGUUUGGCGAUCAGCCAACGCCGGAGUCACCGUUCUCCAUACACAAGCUUGUGGCGCUCGGCGCUUCGACGGGGAAACGCGCGGGCGACUGGUACGGUCCCUCCUCGGUCGCGCAUCUCCUCUGUCAAGCAAUGGAACGCGCCAGCGAGGAUCCCAACAGUAAGCUCAAUCAGCUGGCGGUAUACGUCGCCCAAGAUUGUGCAGUAUACAUGCAAGAUGUCGAGAAUGUGUGUUGCACUCCGGAUGGUAGAAGAAAGGCGCUGAUACUCUUGGUACCCCUGAGACUCGGCGCCGACAAGCUGAAUCCCGUUUACGCGCCCUGCUUGACAUCGCUGUUGACGUUGGACACGUGUAUCGGCGUGAUCGGUGGCCGACCGCGACACUCGCUCUACUUCAUCGGCUAUCAGGACGACAAACUGAUCCACUUGGAUCCGCAUUACUGUCAGGAAACCGUUGACGUCGAAGGAAAUGAAAAAUUCCCGUUGACAAGCUUCCACUGCACGUCCCCGAGAAAGAUGUUGCUCUCGAAGAUGGAUCCCAGUUGUUGCGUAGGCUUCUACUUUCCCGACAAGGAGUCGCUCACCGACUUUAUGGAGACAAUUCAGCGGGUAAAUUUCGUGAUACCGAAUCAGAACAUAGACUACCCGAUGUUCCUGUUCUGCGAGGGAAGCGGCAAGGAUCUGCAGCAGGGAAUCGAGGUCGUCGAGGGUCUUCUGCCGUCGGCAGGCCAGUUCGCUGGUCACGAGGGCGCGGAGGACGAUCUCUACGAGUGCGAGGAGUUCGAGUUGCUGCGUUGAGACAGAGGAGCGGAAGAAAAGGGCAGAAAGAAGAGGACGACGCGGGGCGGUAUGAUUCCACGAUUCAUCUCGAGUGCAUCUUCAGACGCACUCUCGCGAGGACAUCUCGACGUCUCUGUCCGAUCGCCCGACCACCUCGUCGGCGGUAGACUUUUUUUUCGCGUAUCUCCUUCCGGUGCGUGUAAGAAGGCACGGCCGGCCGGAUGAUAUGGCCUGGGAAAGGACGAGAGGCGUGUGCUCAGUGUCGAGGCGUGUGGAGUCAGCGCGUUCCGGUUCGAUCUCAAAAAUGCGUGCACGAAGACAGGAGCUGACUCGGUAUGACCAGUUACUAUUACUUACUGAGAUAGGAGAUAAGAGAGCAAGAUUAUUCCCGACGAUUAGUACAAGUUGUUCGGUUUAAGCUGAUUCAUUCGUCUUUUCGAUUAUUUAAUAUACAUAUGUAAUAUAUAUAUGUAUGCAAUUAUUAUGAGGCUGCACAACUUUUUCUUAUCCUUGUUGUGUGCAAUCCCGAAAUUCGUUGAUGGCUUUAUAUAUUGAUUGUUGAUAGUAAUUAACUUUGAUAUAAUAAUUUAAUAUGACUUAGUAUUGCAAUGUGUUACAAGCGAAUACAUAUAUUUAUUUCGCAUAUUACAACGAGACUUUUGUCUUGAAGAUAAUUUUACGACGCGCGUUACGUUCCGUUGAGUUGUUGAAUCGAAACUUAAAAAAAAAAUUGUACUUUGCGAAACUUUCUCUCUAAAACGCGUUGUAAAGCGAAAAUGCGCGCGCGCGCGAAUAAAAGCGCGACAAGAGUUCUCAAGUCUGAUUCAUUUAAAGGAAAGUAUAUAAUAAGGCGUUAAUUUAUAUAUUUAUUUAUUUAUUUAUAAUUGAGUUAUUCCUGAGGGUAACUCUUCUGCCUUGGAAAAGGAAUAGAAAAAAAAAACGAGGAAUUUGAGGAACGUGAACAUGGUAUAUACAGGGUGAGGCAUCUAAUAGUGUACGCCCAAAUAUUUAUUUAGAAAACAUUUGAUAUCUGUAUCUAUAUUUAUAGAUAUAUAAAUAAAGAAAAUGAUAUCCAUAAGAACUAUCCAUCUCUCCUUUAAAAAGAAAAAGAUUUCGUUAAAAUGUUCGAAAUCUCAAAAACUGUGUAUGACUUUACAACAAGUCUUCCCUCUUCCCGUUAUAUUCCCACGAGUUACAUUACUUCGUCUUUAACGAUAUUUUCAAGGGCAGCGGAAACGUUUGCAUUAAAAUAGAGUAGAAUAGAGAAUAGAGUAGAAGUGAAGAAUUCUCUCUCAUUUCGCGCUUCUCAAGAUUACUCGAGCGCUCUGAAAAGCGGAGGCGCUCUAAGAAACGUGAUAACGCAUAUAUAAGAUGCUUGAUGACCGAUGACAAAUAAGCCUAGGGUACUCUCCUAACUAAAGGUAUAACUUAACGUAGUUAGAAAAAAUAGAAAAGUAAAGAGGAAAAGGCGAAGAGAGAAUUUAAUUGUUAAAGAAUCAUUUGGCUGUACACCCGUUUAGAUGCCCCGCGCUGCAUAUGCACGUGUGCGUAUGUAUAUAUGCAUAUGUAUAUAUGCGUAUAUAUACUGUACUUAUACUGUUGAAUAUGUACACAAUAUUGAACGUUGUUAUAUAUCUCUCUUACAACUGUAACGCUAUACGCUCGAAGUAAUAAAAUGCGAAGAAGUGUGUAA